AUGGCUUUCCGGCUUGCCCUGGCUUUGGCUCUUGGGGCUUCUUUGUUCCAAGCAGCAGUUGCUCAAACUUACAAUGAGCUUUACCGCCCUCAGUAUCACUUUACUCCAGCUAAAAACUGGAUGAAUGAUCCCAACGGUCUUUUAUAUUACAAUGGCGUCUACCAUCUAUACUAUCAAUACAACCCAGGAGGAGACACCUGGGGGGCUAUGUCUUGGGGUCAUGCCACCAGUACUGAUCUGACACACUGGAAUCACCAGCCUGUUGCCCUUCUCGCUCGUGGCUACCCAGAUCACAUCACCGAGAUGUUCUUCUCCGGUUCUGCGGUCGCCGAUACCCAGAACACAAGCGGCUUUGGUACUGAUGGAAAGGUACCAUUGGUUGCAUUGUAUACUUCCUAUUACCCUGAUUCCCAGAAGCUACCUAGUGGGAAGUCGGUCAACGGUGGGCAGCAAGCGCAGUCAAUUGCCUAUAGUGUGGACGAAGGCAUGACAUGGACUACCUAUGAUGCCGCCAAUCCUGUCAUUCUCAACCCCCCCGCCCCAUAUGAAGACCAAUGGCGGGAAUUCCGAGAUCCAUUCUUGUUCUGGCACGAAGCCAGCGAGAAGUGGAUCUCGGUGGUUGCGCUGGCCCAACUCCACAAAUUGGUUAUUUACACCUCGCCGAACCUUAAGGAUUGGACUUACGCCAGCGAAUUCGGCCCUUGGAAUGCAGUAGGGGGUGUUUGGGAGUGUCCUGGCAUCUUUCCACUUGCUGUUGAUGGAGAUGAUGCCAAUACUAAGUGGGUUGUGCAAAUUGGAGUCAACCCUGGCGGGCCCCCUGGUGUGACUGGCUCAGGAACGCAAUAUAUUCUGGGAUCCUUUGAUGGAACAAAAUUUGUUGCGGAUCCCAACCCUUCAUCGCCAGCGCUUACAUCCACAUCAACAACUGCACCUGAAACUGGAGACAUCACAGUUCAAGAUUCUGAAGGCACUGAUGGAACCAACUGGUUGGAUUAUGGGCCAGAUUUUUAUGCCGCAGCAACAUUCAAUGGAUUAGCAUCCACAAAUCGAAUCGAUAUUGCAUGGAUGAACAAUUGGCAAUAUGCUAACAUAAUCCCUACUUCUCCAUGGCGCAGCAUGUUAUCCAUUGCCCGGAAGCUUUCGCUCAAGACAAUCGAUGGCAGGCCAAGACUAGUCCAGCAACCCACGGCAAAUUGGGCCAGUCUUCAAACAGAAGCUUACUCUGAUACCUUUGAUACAGUGGCUGAAGGGAACCAGCUUGUACCAAUUUCCGGGAAAUUGCUUGAUAUCACAGUGACCUUUUCGGAUAGAGUUGCAGCGUCAUCCUCAUCUCAAUUUGGCAUAAUUCUUAGGGCAACUUCCGACUUAGCACAACAAACGCGAAUCGGCUAUGACUUUAGCACCAAGAUGCUUUUUGUUGAUCGAACAAAAUCUGGAAAUGUUGGCUUCGACGGGACAUUUUCCAACACCUAUUCUGCCCCUUUGGCUCCCUCCAGUGAUGGCAACGUCACAAUGCGCAUUCUCCUUGACUGGUCCUCGGUUGAAGUCUUUGGAGGACAGGGGCGAGUCACAAUAUCCGCUCAAAUCUUCCCUGAAGACAAUGGCGUCGAUGUCCGACUUUUCUCCGAUGGAGAAAGUACAAAUGAUGUCACGAUUGACGCAAAAAUGUUGGAUUCGGCUUAUGAUUCAUCCACUCCAUCAAGGACCACUCUCAGAACAAGCUCGACACCUGUCGGUACCACCCUUACUACCAGCACAAGAACCACCACUAGCAUUUGA